AGGGGAUUUAGGCGUUAAAUUCCCAACAAAUUGCAUAGCUUUUUGGUCCUAAAUUGUCGAUACACCGGUUAAGUUCUUCUUAUUGACUUAAUCAUUGAGGUCAUUCUCUAUAUUUCAAAUAUCUACCGUUGGAUUGGUACCACUAGAAGACAAAGCACUUUGAGAUGUGGUGAUUCACAUGUAUUGAGUGAGUCAAUAACUCAAAAACAUUUUUUCAGUCCGCAAAUGCAUUAAUAUGGAAGACCAUAUUUGUUCAAUGUCUUGCUGUCUUCUGAGAAAGAGGGAGGUGGAUUAGAAUAUAAGAGGAGAGAGGUAGGCUGUCCAUUGUUAAAGGAGCACAAGUAGACUCCUGAUCCUAUGAACACAUGCAUUGGAUUUGGAUUCUGAAACAAGAGGAAGGGGGAUCAAAAUCACUGCAAAAUCUCCAAACCUGAACAAAUAGAUUAGUCCACUGAUGUACAAUUUGCCUCUUCUCUCUGUUCUCAUACACACAUGGGUGACUUAGCUAGCUGACAAAAGUUGUGGGUCCCUUUGUUGCUGAGCAAAAAGAUCCUUGUGGCCCUAAUGAGGGAACAAUCCUUAUCAGCUUUUGUACUGAAAUCUAGAGCAAGACAAAGUGUUCUUUUUAUGGGGAGGGUACAAUGCAUCCAUGAGAAUGGUAUGGUAGUUUUGUUUCCAGGUCUCCAGAUAUGGUUACAGGUUAAUUUCCAUCGCUUCUCAUGUGAAUUUGGCCCAUACCCUGCUAGUACAAGCAGAUGAAAUAGCAGGAGAAGCAUUUCAAGCUUUUACCAUAAGAUAAAUAGGACCUCCCAUUGCAUUUUAACUGCCUCUUGUCUACCAUAUUAAAUUCCUCCACCUCCCACUUCUCUAUUUAUUUAGAGCAACUAUGGACCUAUAAUGCAUCUCCCCUUCUCUGGUCCUAUAUUCAACCUCCGGAAAUUGUCUUGUGCCUAAAUCUCUUCAGUUUUUGUAAACCACAAUGGCCUCUGGAAGGCAGCUGUUCGAGUUGCUUGAAGAGAAGCAAGAACCUUUCUUGUUAAAUGUUUACUUAAUGGAGAAUGGGUGUUCAAGUAAGAGGCUGGAGAGAAUCAGCAGUCAGGGUUUUACUAAUAAAGGAAGAAGAGGUGCUGCUGGUAGCUUUUUGAGGUCUAUAUUGACCAAGCUUCUUCAAGGGAAGCAAUCAAUUAAAGCUCUGAAUUGUGAUAGUAAAUCGAUAGAGAGUGGAAGAAUGAGUGUUUUCAGUUGCUUUUCUGGCAUCAGUCCGAGAGAAUUGGGUGGGGAUCAUCAAUGCAGAUGCGUGGAGAUGGAGGACUCCUCCAAGCAGCUCAGCCCUGUAUCAGUGCUGCAAUACCCUAAUCACAGAUUCAAGGAAGAGAACCAAUCAACAAGCUCGAGUUUCGAUUCCCCAAGAGAAAUGCCUGAGAUCUCUGCCUUCCCACAUCACACCAAAUCAAACAAGGGACAGGUUCAUGAGCAGCAGCUCAUAUUGGAUUGUGUGAGGGAAGCAGAGGAGAGGAUUCGCGAUUACGGACUUGGGUGCUUCAGCACGGAGGUUAGAGCAAAGGCCAUCCGUGAGAAGGUUCUCUCAUGGGAGAAGCUACAAGGAGACAUGAGUAGCUUGGGGAAGUUGUUAGGUUCAGACAUUUCAGAGCUGAGGAGUGAGUGGAGCCAGUACAGGGCUGAUGCAGCAGAGAUAGGGAUUGGAGUAGAAGCAUUCAUCUUUGAAGAGAUUUUAGAUGAAACUGUAUUAGAGAUUUUAGGCUCUCGUUGUACAUAGACAAGAAUUUUGAAUUCA